CCUGGAGCAGCACUCAGUGCCGUCCAGGCUGAGAGCAUCGGAGCUAUUUCAGACACAUUAAAAGGGUCACAGGCAAUACCUCAGCUGGUAGAAGAAGGUACCUCUUUCAGCAUCAAAAGGAGGGAUAAGCCUCUGUCGUAAAAAUGUCAAAACAACCAGCAUCACAUGUCAAAGCCAUUCAGGCUAAUAUUAACAUCCCAAUGGGAGCAUUUCGACCUGGUGCAGGCCACCCUCACAAAAGAAAAGAACUUACACCUGAAGAAGUGGAGGAGAAUGUUCCUGCUUCAACAGAGGAGGAGAAAGAGAAGAAGCUGCUCCCAGGAGCUAAGAAACUUCCAGGUCCUGCUGUCAACUUGUCAGAGAUUCAGAGCAUAAAGAGUGAGCUGAAAUAUGUCCCCAAGGCUGAACAGUAGCUGGAAGAAGCAGAACUGGCUCGAUGUGGCUUGAGCCUUGUGACCCCUGUCCAGGAGCAGGCCAUCUACAAGUGUCCCGAGCCCUGCCUUGUACUCAGGACUACACCUGCUUCAGCCACCAAAUUGCUCCUGGUGUGCCUUCUUUUGAGAAAUGUAGCUCUUUUAGUGCCAAGGCUACCUCUGUUUCACACUUGUUUGCAAAUUUUUUUCCAGAGAAUAACAUUUUGUAGUGUUUGAGCUCACUGUGUGUAGGUAGAACAUCGUGUGUAGGUAGAGCUCACCACACCAACAUCCAUUGCCCCAUUGUCAACACUACUGAGGAAACCCCAAGCUUCCAGUGUUAUUGGGUUUUGCUGACCCUACCUGCUGCUGUUUUAACUUCCUAAUUCCCCUUUGCUAAAGGAGUCUCAAAUACACUGUAUUUCCAUGUGAACAAAGGACACAGAAUAAAUGAGAAUUUGCCUGCAGAAAUAUGUAUUAGUUUUACUCUCAGUGUUGUCAUAAUUUACUUUUCAAAUUUGAUUUGCUACAGGUUGUAGCCAGCUGAAGGGAGACUCAGCUGAACUAAACUUUACUUCAACUUGGGAGCAAGUAUAAUGCCUGGUUUUUGUCCUGGUUAUAGCAGUAGGGCUAUAUUUGCUUCUGACUGCAAUUGACUGAGGUUCACAUACAAGGCAUGGGUUCCAUAAAAGCAGAAUAAAGCCCUCAGUCCUGGUGUUUAGAACUUACUCCCCCACCUUGGUA